GCGUGACGUCAUAAGGCCGCGCCGCUCCAGCAUCUGUUAUGAUUCGGCUGAAGAAAGGCCAUUUAAGUCCAUUUACUGACUCCACGUGACACACUAUUAUAAAGAUGGCGUUUAUUAAAGUGGAGAGUGAAGACGUGAAGAUUGAAGAAACAUUCAGAGCCAAACAUGAAGAUACUGAGGAACAAACAGAUUUGAUGUCACUGAAAAAGGAGAGUCAAGAACUCGAUGAAGAUCAGUAUGAAAAGCAUCAUGAUUUCAAAAUUGGAGAAAAAUCAUUUUGUUGCUCACAGACUGAAAAGACACAAAAAAGAGUUUAUAAGACGGCAAAUAGAAGUUAUCUCACCUGCCAACAAUGUGGAAAGAGUUUCAAAAGAUUUGGAAACCUUAAGUCCCACAUAAGAAUUCACACUGGAGAAAAGCCUUACACAUGCUCUCAAUGUGGAAUAAGUUUUACUCUUAAAGAAACUCUUAGAAUGCACAUGAGAAUUCACACUGGAGAGAAGCCUUACACAUGCAAACUGUGUGGAUCAAGCUUCAGUCGAAAAACAAGCCUUAAAAACCACAUGAGAAUUCAUACUGGAGAGAAGCCUUACACAUGCUCUCAAUGUGAAAGGAGCUUUGCACAUAAACAAAACUUUGAUGUCCACAUGAGAAUUCACUCUGGAGAGAAACCUUACACAUGCAAUCUGUGUGGAAAGAGAUUCAUUCGAAAAUCAAACCUUAAAAGCCACACGAGAGUUCACAGUGGAGAGAAACCAUACACAUGUACUCAAUGUGGAAAAAGUUUUAGAUAUAAACAACAUCUCGUUGUCCACAUAAGAAUUCAUACUGGAGAGAAACCUUUCACCUGCCAACAAUGUGGAAGGAGCUUCACUGAACAAGCAAACCUAAAUGUUCACAUGAGAAUUCACACUGGAGAAAGCCCUUUCACCUGCCAACAGUGUGGAAAGUGUUUCAAUCAAAAAGGAAACCUUAAAACACACAUGAACAUUCACACUGGUAAGAAGCCGUUUACAAAUGAUCACAAUUUUGGACAUAAAGUAACACUUUGAUGUGUACGAUCACACCAGUGUGAUUAAAGUGUUAACUGUGUCAUGUGAUUAACUGCUAAAUUCACGUCUGCAUUCGGGCUUUAGCUGGUUCUGGGCCAGACACGCUCAGUGCUUGUCAUAUUUUAAGAAAUUUGUUAAAAUGCUUAGUUGUGAAAUGUGUAAAUAUUUAUAUGAACAUAAAAAAGGUCAAUAGGUCAUCACCGGUCAGAAAGCAAAUCACCCUCCUCAAAAUUCCCAGGACUGCUUUGCUCACUCUGUGCACAAUAUCAUGCACAGAGGUCUUGGGGAUAUCGAAGGUCUGUGACACUACCCUGUAGGAUGCUGCAUAGGCAAGCCAGUAGAGGAACACAAGCAGCUCGAUGUCCCUUUCCCACCCAUGGUCAGAUUCCAGUCUGACUGCACCAAUGAGGGACCUGAUGAACGGCAAAGACAGGUGAAGGUGGUCAGCUGCUUCAUCCAAAUAAAGCAGCAGAAU